AAGGGGCUGCAGUCAUUGUCUGUGGCAGAACAGAGCCCAGAGACAGCUCCCCCCGCCCAGCCGUGCCCGAUCCACCGCUGCAGCCCCCGCCGAUCCAUCAUGCAGCUGGUGGCCAGCCUGGUGUCCGUGCUGCUGGUGGUAUGGAGCGUGAGAGCCAGCGCCUUGCCCGGCGAGGAGAGAGCUGCCGUGGCGAGCAGCAGAGAGCAGACCAAGACUCGGAAGGACAUGAUCCUGAAGAUGCUGGUGGGUCUCCUGGAUGGGAUGGACACGGGGCGCGAGGCAGCUUCCACUGACUUUGAAGAGCCCCCAGAGAGCAAAUGGGAAGAGGAGCGGCUGGCUUUGGGGCAGCUAUCACAGCGAGACCGCAAAGCCCCCUGUAAAAACUUCUUCUGGAAAACCUUCACUUCCUGCUAACCCCCAAGCCCAACUAUCAGCCCUGGAUCCAGGCCCCCUCAGAUUUUCCCUGGCCCCUUUAGAACACAAGAACUGUAUCUGCAUUGUAAA